ACUAGAUAAGUACCUACCUUGGGAAAUCAACGCAUUAAUGCCCUCGGACGACUGACUAAGCCAAUAAACUGUCCACCCAGCUGUCAAAUAACAUUAUCGAGACCAUCAAGAUGAACCACCCUGCUCACAUCCUCGUCACAAACUCCCAGUCCAGUGGUGCACAGGCACUGUACAACCAUAACAACAAACAAACCUCCAGCAAUGGCACCGGCACCGGCAAUCAGAACCAGAACCACACAAACACUUUCCAGACACCAUGUUUCGACAUCCAAGAAUCCGAACUCGCCUACUUCCUCGAAGGCGAGUUCCCAGGCCUGGCCGACAAGCAAGCCAUCAGCCUCAAACAAGUCGGCCCGCAGACACUCAUGAUCGAAGCGCGGAUCGACAGGUUCGACCCGGACGCAUACUGGGCUCUUUGCGGUCCUCCCGUGCCUUCUUUGCCAGGAGCGGAAGCAGUCAAACGAGGAUCCGAGUACGAGAAGUCGGACACGGACCUGACACAUUGGAUCUUGGCCGAUGACAAUGUCCAGGCCGAGCCGGGUUGCUAUCCGAUAAUCUACAGAAAUAGAAACAGUAACAAGACGUUCUUCAAGGCUCGCGUGGACGAGAUCAUCUCGGAGCGACGGUUAGGUCGACUACAGCGGUCAUUCACCUUCACAGACCCCGUAGACUUUGACCAAAUGAAGGCGAACUUUGCCCACGGCCUGCUCAGGAUCAUGUUGAAGAAAAGCCAGAAGACUCUUGAGGAGGACCGACAGUUUGUGAUAGGGGACAACGUGUUGAAGCCCCUGGAGGCUCAGUCAUGCUUCGAAGGAUGCGAGGAGUGGUGACGAGCUAGAGGCAGUGGAGCGGGACGUGAAAAGCCGAAAGGCUCGUGGUCGACAGAAUGUUACUGUUUAUUUGUGCAAUUCAGGGUUUCCGGGCGACGACGACACGGCGAGGUGUUCAUGUAAGUGGUAUCGUAACCAGCGUUCGUUCAUCUGAGGAGGCCGUGUUUGGUGCCCCCGGUCAUUUGCUUCUUCACCGGUUUUAUAGCCGAAAACCAUCGAAGCACCUUGUCUGUACUCUUCAGC